AUGAAGGACAAGGAGGCAAAGAUGUACAGAUCCACGCAGCAGCAGAGCGAGGAUGAUAAAGACGGUAAGUGAUCACACAUGAAACCUCCAAUCUCAAGGCUCCGGCCUCUUAAUUAAUCCACCGAUAACGCUGACAGUUCACAGAAGGGUCACAUUCAACGUAAAAUCACCAUAAUAGCUGCCCUUGGCAAACUCCAUAUCCACAGAGUGCAGCAGAUGUAUGCCUUAACUAUACUAAUGAUAUUGGCAGUCAUGAAUCAAUCAGACAUGCUCAAUAUAUUCUGCUGAGAGUCGAGAAAUCCAUUCUCAGGGACGUGACGCCGUAGGACAGCGCGCUGCCAUUAUAAGACGGCUCACGCAGCGUUUUAAGAUCGGGUUAAGAACACACGACGAGAAUAAAGAUGUUAAAGAAGAUGAUACUCCAGGAAAAAUCCAUUUAUCGGUGAAGGAUGGGAGCCGUGCGCUUCCAUCAUGGAGCCGGUGAGCGAGUGACAACCGCAGUACCUCAACCGACCACCAGAGGGGGGCUUCAAAAACAACAUGUCCCAUUUUAAACUGGGCAGCUGAAUUAACAUGUUUACAGGUGUUGUACAGAAUAAACUGUUUUCACUUUAAUUUUGGUUUACUGUGUGAAAUGUUGCUGCGGUUUUUGCUCGAGAGGAGACUUUCUAACAUUUGUCAGGGGGAAGGAUUUAAAAAAAGAGUUUUAGGGUACAGAUGGACCCUCUGCACAUCAGGAAUUUUACUCUCCAUCCAUCACUUGUCUUAAAAUGUUGAUUUUUUUCAGUCAAACCAACCUCUUAAAGGUUUAUUUGUGUAACAGUGCACUGUGGUUUCUUUGGAUUCACAAGGAAGAAGAAAAAAUGGUUCUGCUGAGGCGCUCCUGCUGGCCUUGCUGUUCAAGUACCCAGAGGCUGUGGUUCAAGUUAACGGAUCAGGUUCGAUUACAGCCUGCUGCUCUUUUUUUGGUAUGUCAUCCGCUGUUUUUUCACAGCCUUGUCCUCUCACCACCUCCACAAAAAAACUUAAACUCAUGCAGCGAGAUAGGUCUCAGGAGCUGAAUUUACAUGGGCACAAAUAAUCUGAUCCAAUUUGGCUCAAUCUGAAAUAAAUUGUCUUCCGAUCGAGAGGGGUGGUUUAUGCCGAUCUCUAUUCUGAAAUGCGUCCAUGUAAACACUUAUUCUGAUCAAUUAUUUAUCGAGGUCAGUACGGGAGGUUUCAUUAUUAACUCUCUACAGGAGCCGUGUCUGCUCCUCCGAUAACAUGACGAGGCGUAAAAACAGCGUAAUGAUGUCACAUCUGCACGCACUGUACAACCUUUGACAGAACAGUAAGAUAAGUACACAAGGGCGCCAUCUAGUGACAACAUUUAACAGAGGGGAAAACUCCUGAAUAGGAUGAAGUGAGACACUACAGCGUUUGAUGGUUUGUUGACAUCACAGGCGGAAAUACAACUCUUUUUUAAAAUCAGACAACUCUGCACAUGUCCAAACGUCUCUAAUCUGAAUUAAACUCGGUGCAUGAAUACGUCAUGAUCGGAUUAUUGGAGUUUCGGAUUAGGAAAUUUCGCACAUGUAAACGUUGAUAAUGUAUCAUCAGGCCUUAUGAAGGGAAGAGUCCUCGAGCCUCUAGAAGCAUCAUUCUCAGAUCAUUCUGAGUACAGUGAACUGGUCAGACUGGUGUGUAGCUGGGCAAACAGCUGUGGGAGUUUAUAAGGGGGCUCACAGCCACCCCGUAGACCCGCCCCUGCAGUGCUAACACAGCAGUGUCAAACAUCCAUUUUUCAUUGUCUGUGUUUUGUGCUUACUCGGUACAAAAGACAACAUGUCCUCCGUCUAAAACCGUUCAUUGUGUUCAAACUCUUCCUGCUUUGUGACUCGUUCAUGUUCAAAAUUUCAUUUCAAAGCCUAAAUCUGCUCUCAUCUUCGGAUACGCAGAGCUCAGCCAAAGGCUUUCAGACUUUUUGACUUUUGAACAUCAAAGUACUUUAGAGUGCAAGAGUCUUUUUUUCCUCCAUCCUUAAAAAUAGACCCUGACCUUGGCUCUAUAUCGAGCACAUUUUUAGAAGCAAUUCGACUUGUUGCUGGAGUAAAAAGCAAAGCAGCACUCUGGUAUUCAGCUCCAUCUUGACUAAGUAACACACAGAUUUACACGCUGACGUCACAGCUGAUCUUUACUCUCACCUGAACCCACCUGGUCAGCCUUUUAUUACAAAUGGGAACUGUUCUAGCGGUUUUGUGCAGCUAAAAAAAAAGGUAAACCGCUCUUUCGCUUCAGUCGAGGUCGGCUGUAAAAGCAGAGGUGAAAAUGAAGAACUCCUCAGGGGAGCAGGACUCUCCUAAUGUUGGUAAAAAGUCUGUUAAUUCUCACAAAGUGAAGACAAGUGUGCCUGGAAAUGGUUUGAGUUUCGUCUAAAGAGCUUUUUUAUUUGCUGACUUGCUCAAAUCUUCGUCGAAAUAAAGAAGUAAGCAAAGAAGGAACAAUACGCAGCAGCUGGAAGCUCUCUCUCUCUCUCUCUCUCUCUCUCUCUCUCUAAGGCGUAUAGUUGGGAAAAGAUGGAUUUGCUCAUUUCUUUCAAGAGCUACGUCCUUGUAUUAAACAUGCAUGAAUGAGAUGGUAAAAGAUGAUGGGUUUUCAAUGCCACCACGGGCGCACACUGACUGACAGGAGAGAAGAAGUGAAUUUUCUGCAGAGGAGAUAAGCAGCGAGAUACUUGACGACGAAGACAGCUUCCUGAUAGAAACAAUUUGGUAUACUUGAGGCAGUUUUGUUCGCCUCUGAGGCUGGAAAAGAAGUGAUUUGUAAAAGUUCUCCCCUCUGUUUGCAGGUAAUCUUCCACCAUCGCUGCAGAUAAAACUGCAGAUUUGGCACCUUUAUCCUGGAUUCAUCAUGUCCUGUGUUCUUGUACAAGUGAAAAAAGAGCUGAACUGAAGGGUUUUUAGGUUGUUGAUGCUGCUGCUGCUGCUGAUGAUGAUGAUGAUGAGGAGGAGGAGAGGAAAAGGCUCAUCCAUGUUUCUUUAAUGCCUGUGCAGCACAUGUCCACGACCUUCAUUUUCAGCCUUUUUAACCAAUAAUUAAACUUAACCUUAAACUGCUCUGUGAAAAUAUCCAGAGGGAGAAAAUGAGGAAACAAACGGAGAACACAGCAGAGCAAACCAAACACACACUCAGCACUGAGAGGACAGGAAGGUGGUUUCCCUCUGCGCUGACAACAAUAAACUUUACAUCUCUGAUCAUGAUGCUAACCUUUACGACAUCUCUGGAGUUUCCUGUAGUUCGUUUUUCUAAACUACCAGCCGAGGCGUCUUUCUGUGGACUGAAGGAGAAACUGUGAUGGUGACCUGGAAACAGAUAUGAAAUUAAGCCUCUAAAUACGUUUACAAAAUUAUAACAACUGUUUGUUCGUAGUUUAUUUCUCAGAAGGAGUAACUUAUCAUCUGUGUGGUGAGUCUCAGUUUUACUGUAAAUAAAAAGCUUCAUUGUAGGUUUUUUAUGAUUAAUUUACAUUCUUAAUUUACAUUUCUGAUUUCUUUCUUUCUUAAUUUUUUUCUUUUUUCCUACCUUUCUUUCUUUUCUUUCUUACUUUCUUUCUCUUAUUUUCUCUUUUUCUUACUUUCUAUUGUUGUUUUUCUUUUUUUCCUCUGUUACAUUUUCUUUCUUUCUAUUGUUGUUUUCGUUGGUUUCAGUUUCAUUUUAUUGUUUUUUUCUGUCAUCUUUUCUUCCUUUCUUUCCUUUCUUUCUUUUUUCUGUCUCUUUCUCUUAAUUAUUUUCUCUUUUUCUUACUUUCUAUUGUUUUUCUUUCAUUCUUUUCUUCUUUCUAUCCUGCUUUUAUUUUUCUUUCACUUUUUCUAUUUGUCUGUUAAUUUCUUUUCUUUCUUUCUCUUAAUUUUUUCUCUUUUUCUUACUUUUUAUUCUUUCUUUCUCUCUUUUUCCUUCUUUAUUUCACAGCACCAGGCAGAUUUGUGGCUCCUUCAGGACGUCCCACACUGUAAAGCGGAUCUCUGUUUGUGGAGACUCUCAUGUGGUUCUCCGUUUGGGGAGUUUGCAUGUUUUAAUGUUGGAGUUGUGUGUCCCGCCUGAUUUUGCUCUCCAUAUUUCCUGUUUUUUGCUGCGGUCUAUAAAAGCUAAAGCCCGCUGAUAAUCAGUCGAUACCUCACAGACUCGUGUUGUUCAAAGGUUCAGUCCUACAUGUGAAGCUUCUAUACUGUAGAUAGGAUCUGAACACGGAGCUUAAAUGUCUUUUAGUAUUUUCUGAAAUGAUUCGGUUUAAUGUCACUCUGUCACCUUUUCUGACAGGUGUAGUUAGCUUUCUGCUUAUUGGCUUUAAAAUGAUCGAACAGAUGAUUGGGGGUCUCAGAAACUAAAGCUGAUUAGAGUGGUCUUUAAUUUCCUGAUAUAAUGUAAACACGGCCACAGUCAUACAUGUAAACUCUGAGAGUAUAAACCUGAGUGUGUGUUCGGCUGCACUGGAAACUAAACAAAUCUAGGUCAGGGCAGAAGUUCAACAAAUCAAGCCAGUCAUGUAAGUAAAAAAAAACCACAUGGUGCUGUGAACAUGAACAUGAACACAGGAGCAGAAUAAAGUUCAGACUGUAUGAAAUAGAUUUUCUUCAACAAAGUGAUAAUAAAUGCAGAAAAUAAGGACAUCAGCCGGACAAGUGAGGCUCUCAGGAGACCUUUCUAACCGCUGCCUUCUGCAUGUACCGAUGAGAACCAUAUGUCUGAGGUGAGGAGGGCGCUGAUAAAAAAUUCAAGUCCUUUAGUUUGAAGUUAGGUUGUAUGAAAAAUUCAUCACGUCUCGCGGUUCUAAAUUUAGACUUUCAGGAUUUUAGGAGGAAAAAAAAAGAAACAAGAAAAAAGAAAACUUGUCACCUUAUGUGUUCUUGAAGUUUGUUGAUUUUUUAAUCCUCUACAGCUUCAUAAGAAGACAUUUACUGUCAGAGUGGUUCAUGACGCCUGAGGCGGGUGGUUUUAAUCUUACUUGGUAAACAAUCAAUCACAAUAACAAUAGUUUUUUUUGUUUUUAAUCCGUCUGAAACCGCGGGCUUCCAUCCUGCUGUUAUUUUUACGUGAAACAUCUGAUCUUAAACUAUGGUGGUUCUGUUGCAGCGUGAACAUACGUGAUACCUCAGCAGAGAAUCGACGACUUUGAUAAAAGCCACUACGGAUUGAAAUAGGGAACAACAAAGCUGUCAAUGUGUUAACGCGCAAAUUGCAAUAUGACUAACAAUCCCAAAUUGACUUUUUUCCUUUUCAUUUUUGGGUGCUAUUUUGUCCCUUUUGGCACACCGUAGUCAAUCUGCUGUAGCAUCUUUCUACAUUCAGCUGUGAACAUAACACCACGGUGCUUCUGAACGGCACCUUUCACUUUAAACUCUGAAAUCACAGACAGUGUAAAUGAGCGGUCCAAAGUGAUAGACACUCGGUGUCGAAUGGUAAUAACGCAGGACUUGACGUUAACUUUGUUCACAUGUUCUCCUGAGUUAAAAAACUAAGGAGCACAAAGAACUUUAGAGGCUUGAUGAAAACUGAUCAAAUAAUGUUUGUCUGAUUGUCCGACCUUAGCACUAUUAUUUAAAAUCUAUUUUAGGUCUUUUGGUCACAUGACAUGGAAGCCAUUGAAGGAAAACAGCCAGGUAAUUUAUUGACGGUCCCUUAUUCAACACCGACGUUGACAGUGAGGGUGUCGAGUAGAUUUAACCGCGCUGCUGUUGUUAUUCCCGGUUAUGGAGAGAGAGAAGACACCGGUAGAUCCUCAGAGAAUGUCCGUCAGAUAUCCAACCCAAAACUAACUUCACCGCCGUAUUUACAGGAAAAUAUAUCCAACCUAAAACUAACUUCACCGCCGUAUUUACAGGAAAAUAUAUCCAACCUAAAACUAACUUCACCGCCGUAUUUACAGGAAAAUAUAUCCAACCUAAAACUAACUUCACCGCCGUAUUUACAGGAAAAUAUAUCCAACCUAAAACUAACUUCACCGCCAUAUUUACAGGAAAAUAUAGCCAACCUAAAACUAACUUCACCGCCAUAUUUACAGGAAAAUAUAUCCAACCUAAAACUAACUUCACCGCCGUAUUUACAGGAAAAUAAAACAUUUGUUGAUUUUUUAAAUUCUAUUUUUAGUCAUAAAUGUGGGUGAAACGGUCGCACUGUUGAGCCUUGUAAUGUCACCAAAGCUCCACCUACGAGCUGUGCAUGCAGGUGCAGCAAAAGUGCCUCACAAAGGUCAGCAGAGCACGAUUUUGGAGGGAGUGAAUCGCUAAAAUCUGUAGAUCUUGGGUUGGCAGGUCAUGAUUGGUCAUCAGAUUCAAAGUCAGCUGAUUACAGGGUUGUGAUUCCCAACCCAAAAGACGAGUCAGAGCUUUGGGUUUGAACUUGAAUAAUGAAUAAAUGGAAUAAUAAUUAUUAUUAUUAUUAUUAAUCUCGCCUGACUAUUGAAACUCGGCGAUUAAUCGUGAUCUUAAAGAAACGAUUAUUUGAAAACCAAUAAAGAAACAAUAACAGGAGGGUAAACUGAAGCUGCUCUUUGCUUGAAAGAAAAUAAAUCCCUUCGGACAAACCUUCCUCUGGAAAAACAUCGAGCAGCCAAAAAGAAGAGUGGCAGGAAGCAGUUGUAUUUGGUUAAAUUUGGUUUAUAAAUAAUGAGUUAUGCAGGAUUUUGUUUGUUUUUUUUUUCUUGUUUUUCUGCUGCCAAAGAAAAGUCACCCGUGGGCCUGCGUACAAUUCUGACAUCAACUCCAGCUGUGUGACUAACACACGUGUGGAGUGGGUGGUUUUGGAAUAAUUCUACUUUGGAAAUCCGUAAAAAAUGAAUAUCACAGUCUGACACAUCUGUAACCGGUACUUAUGUCCCUUUUUUUUACACUGUUUUAUAAUCUGAUAAGUUUUAAGUGGUAGAUAUUGUUCGCCCUGUCCUUUUGACUUUAUCAAACUGUGCUGCAAAAUACUUUGGAUGCAAAUGCUGACAGAUGAAUAUUUAACACUGUUAUUUAUAAAACAUGGUGAUGCAAAAGCCAGUGGAGCAGGUGAAGGAGAAUCACUGUCAGAGUCCACAGAGCGUACAGCUGGCCGGUGGCAGGACGCCACGGGGCGGGCUAAUGACAGUCCAGACUGAAGUAGGGCAGCUAACAGUGUUAGCGCGCUCAAAAUGUUCACCCAGGGGCGCAGAGUGACUAAUUCUUACAGUCGCAUUUAGACUCUCAGCUGAGGGCGAGUGGCUGACUUGCUCAAGGACUCAGAGGCAGUUCGCAGCGAUGAAACCGUUUCUGCAGAAUAUUAAAUCUCUUCAUCUGAAGCCCAGUGCAGAAAGUAAAUCAAUCCUGGAGGGAGAAGAAGAAGAAGAAGAAGAAAUAAUAAUUCCAUCUUUCUUUCUUCCUGGUCACUUACAAGGCCCACUAAUCAAAUUAGUCUUAAUUGAAUCUUAUUUGAUGUCAUUCAUUUGCAAACCAGCCAGGCGUUGCAUUUCAACUUCUCACUGGAAAAGAGUAAUUCAGCCGUGGACAAGAAGAGGCUUUUAUUUCAUAACAAAUGUGGAGGAGAGCGACUUUAUCUGCAGCUGUUUUUAGAGCAGGUUAGUGAGAGAUUAGAUACAAGAUUGGGCUUUGUUUCCUCAGACGCUGCGUUGUACUACAUCUGUUUCAGCCCGCAGGCCCGUGGGAGCCCCUGCUGGCCAACUCAGCCACAGUUUGAGACAAGCACUUUCAAUAGGCUCUCCCUAAGGCCGGGGAAAAUGGAUAUUGAUCUGGAGCCAUGACUAAAUGGAUUAAAUUACAGAGUAGUGUUGGUAGCAGGGCAGCGGAGGGAACGAGACGAGAGGGAGGAGGAGGAGGAGGAGGAGAGGCGGUGGAGAUGCAGAGAGAGAGAGAGAGAGAGAGAGAGAGAGACAAAAGAAAGCAGGAAAAAAAAACGAGUCGACCGAGAGUCGAGGCUGUUUUCUUUCUCUCUGAUUUCUCUCCUCAAAAGCCCACCCAGCAGCCCCUGUGCAAUCACGCCACACUCCCAAGCAUCAUCCUGGUCUUUAUGCAGUUACGAGCCAAUUGGCUUUGGAGGAAUCGGCAGUCAGGGGGAUUAUCAUUUCCCAUUCAACCGAGGCUAUUGAGCGGCAGAGAUGCCAAACGCAUGCUGAGAGCAGGAGAAGAAGAAGAUGCAUCAUCACGAAUACAGAGACCCAAACGAUCCUUCGGGGAGUGUAAAUCUGUGGUCGCCGUCAAAGCGGUUUGGAAUAAACAGUUAAUCAAUCUGAAGUCCUCCUCCAGCAGAUCUCCUUCACAGCCCUGCUGAUGCACAGAGGAGAGAUUUCUGAGCGCUCUCCUGUGAGCCCUCCGAGGUUAUAUUCAGGGGUUCAGUCGUAUGACAGGAAUAACAAAGAGGGGAGUGUGACCUGCACUGUAAAAACAGAACAACAACACACUCACAGCAGGUCUUUGUCUUUGAAAAAUGUCGUUUAAACACGGGACCAACCAGAACAUAGACAUAUAUGUUCAUGGAGGCAUCUAUGCUGAUAGCUCUAGAAUUCAGCUCUUUAAAAAAAGGUUCAAAUAUUUGAAAGUAUAAAAAAACAGACGGAUGGUGCAGCUGCUUCAAAAGUGACACCAAAACAUUCAGAGCUCCCCCUGCUGACUGGAUGCAGGAUCAUCAUAGAGUCCGCCCCCUCCAUGUUAACAGGUAAUGAUCAUAACUGUUGAAAACUUUUUGACUUUCUGAGACUAAAAAUAACGAUUAUCUCGUUAUUUUAGUAAACGAUUGAGAACCUUUUUCUGACAUGGAAGCACACAUUAAUCAGCAGCAUCAGAAUUUCGCUCUUUAAAAGGUCCGAACACUCCGGGAACGACGCAAAUAUACGACACAAUGUUACGAAAUAUUUUGAACUGCCUGACUUUACACAUCAAGCCUGAUGCGAUUUGGCAACUUUCAGGGUGGGAAAAGACAAAGUCCCGCCUCCUUCACCUCUGAUUGGCUAGGAAAGCUGGAAACGUCAUCACACGCUCAAGCCAAACGGUCGGUACUUAAAGCCAAUCAGAGGCAAUAAGAUAAGCACAUGAAACUAUGGUAACAACUGUUAGCUUAUGCUAGCACAGAUGAAAGUUCAAACAAAGACGUUUAUCAAACUGUUAAAGCUCACAAACCAUCGUCAGAUGAGAAAUCCGACGCUAUGACUCUCCACAAGUCGUCCUUCAGGUCGUUCUCUUUGUAAUGUUUGUGUCUUUGAUCAAAAAUCACUCUGUUCUCCGACACGGAAACAAUCAGCCGGUCGGCCAUGUUGGAUAUACCGGUGAAUCUGACGUCACAUCAACACGAAAUCUGAUUGGUCAGAAGUGGACACACAGUCUGAGAAACUUUAGAAAAAUUGACCGUGAAACACAAAAACAAAUGCCGCAAUAUCGCAGGACGGGAAAACGUCGAUAAAGUGAACGCUUGUUUUGACAGGAUACGGGAUCAAAAAAAAUAUUGACGUCUGAAAUGAUCGCCUGAAAAAAAAAACGGUCCCGGUGUGAAAGGAGCUUUAAGUUUCUUUAUCGGCUCACGCUGGAAAUAUCUGAUCAGUCACGAGUAGUUUCCUCCUCACUCUAAAACUUGUUAUGCAACAUUUUCCUCAAGAUGAAGCCUUACAUCUUCAUCUUUUAGAACUGCAGACACACACACACACACACACACACACACACACACACACACACACACACACACCCUUCAGGGCAGAGCUCCACUUCAUGGACUGGAUUGAAUAUUCAUAAAAGACAAAAAAGACUCUCUUGGUCUCUGCAGACACACUGAUGUCCGCCCCUGCUCCACAUCUGCAUUAAAGUGUUUAUUGUUGGUUUGUUUGUCGGACAGUUAACGCUCCUUCAGUCCUUCUAAUUCUUUGGAUCUGCCAACGUCUUUACAACAAGCCUGACCGACGAGUACGAGGAGUGAUCUUCUGAUGGUAGGAAACAGUCUGCAUUGUUCCUCCAGCCUUGGGUGCAGAAAUCGUUAAACCCACCGUGAAGCGUAAAGUCACUGCUCCUAAAAACGUGUCCCUUUUUCUCCUGCAGGAGUGACCCCUGAAAGCAUGAAAUCUGACAGACCAGGGAGGCACAGACUCUGUCACCGCUCAUCUCUGGUCUCAGAGCUUCGUGACUCUCUAGCUCCAUCUGUUGGGACCUCUCCUCUCUUGUUCUCACACAGGUUUGAGGUUUCAGGAUGCAGAAGUUGCAGAGUUCUUGCAAAUGUCGGCUGGGAUAAUGAUUUCACAGCAGCAGCCGCGGAUUCUUACGUAACGGCAGUAAUUCUUCAAACACGCUCGACUGAGUGGACUAAUGAGGGCCGGGUCAACCUCCUCAUUUGACUUGGGAAACAAGGAUUCAAACAUCUGCCUGUUUUUCUACAUCUGCUUCUAUUAUUCAGGAUCUCUGGGGUUGGCACCUUUCCCAGAAUGCACCGGGCAGGAAAAGGUCACCAGUCCGUCUCAGAGCUGAAACACCUGACAUCCAGAUUCAGAGCUGCUGCGGGCAGAGACGGCGGCGGCGUGUCAUGUUCGAUCAGGAGAACACAGGUAGCUAACCUCUCUGCUGUCCAGUGA